CCAGCUCCUGGACAUGAAGGUGUUUGUGGACACGGACUCCGACAUCCGGCUGGUGCGGCGGCUGCAGCGCGACAUCAUGGAGCGGGGCCGCGACAUCGUGGGCGUCAUCAAGCAAUACAACAAGUUCGUGAAGCCAGCCUUCGAGCAGUACAUCGAGCCCACCGUGCAGGUGGCCGACAUCGUGGUGCCGCGGGGUGGGGAGAACUCCGUGGCCCUGGACCUCAUCGUGCAGCACGUACACAGCCAGCUGGAGAAGCGCGAGAUCACUGUCAG